GCCUUGCCCCCUCCGGCCCGGGGAGGGGGACGCGGACGGGGGAAGAUGGCGGCCUCGAACAACCCGCGGAAAUUCAGCGAGAAGAUCGCGCUGCACAACCAGAAGCAGGCGGAGGAGACGGCGGCUUUCGAGGAGGUGAUGAAGGACCUGAGCCUGACCCGGGCCCACAGGUUACAAUUACAGAAAACACAGUAUUUGCAGUUGGGACAGAGUCGUGGCCAGUACUAUGGAGGGUCACUGCCAAAUGUGAAUCAGAUUGGGAACAGUGCCAUGGACUUGCCUUUCCAGACUCCUUUUCAGUCAUCUGGACUGGAUACAAGUAGGACAACUCGGCAUCAUGGUCUGGUGGACAGAGUGUAUCGUGACAGAAACCGCCUUGGGUCACCACACCGGCGUCCGCUGUCUGUGGAUAAACACGGAAGGCAGGUGGACAGUUGUCCAUAUGGCACUGUGUAUCUGUCGCCUCCAUCGGAUACAAGCUGGAGAAGGACCAAUUCAGAUUCUGCCUUGCAUCAAAGUACAAUGACCCCAGCUCAACAAGAGUCCUUUUCAGGAGGGUCACAAGACAUGCAGCAAAAAAGAGUCUUAUUAUUGACUGUCCCUGGAAUGGAGGAAAGCACAUCUGAAACAGACAAAGCCCUUUCUAAACAAGCAUGGGACACUAAAAAGACAGGGUCAUUGAGGCCUAAAUCAUGUGAAGUUCCAGGAAUCAACAUCUUUCCAUCAGCUGACCAGGAAAACACUACAACGCUGAUUCCUGCUGCACAUAACACAGGUGGCUCUCUGCCAGACCUGACAAACAUCCAUUUCCCUUCUCCCCUCCCAACACCACUAGAUCCUGAGGAAUCCACGUUCCCAUCCCUGAGUAGCUCCAAUAGCACCGGAAAUCUUGCAGCCAACUUGACUCACUUGGGCAUCAGCACUGCCAGUCAGGGAAUGACAACGACGCAAGCCUCAUCCCGGCAGCCAGCUGUCAGUCCCCUCUCACUGAAUGCAGACUCCAGACGACCACAGUCCCAACAGAUGUCUCCUACGCUCUCACCUCUGUCGCCAAUUACUCAGGCUGUGGCUAUGGAUGCAUUGUCUUUGGAACAGCAGCUUCCACCGUAUCAGUUUUUUACCCAGGCUAGUUCCCAGCAACAGCAACAGACCCAAGUGGCAAGUAGUCUGCCUCAGAAUGCCCCUUUAAUGCAGACUUCUGGCUUACAGCGAGGAGCACAGCUUCCCCCCCUCUCAGUCACAGUACCAUCGACCAUCCCACAGUCACCUCCAGGCAGCCAGACCCAACCUUCCAUGGGCAUAGACAUCAACUCGGCUUCACUCCAGCAGUACCGCAGUAAUGCUGGAUCCCCAGCCAACCAGUCUCCCACCUCUCCUGUCUCCAAUCAAGGCUUCUCUCCUGGCAGCUCCCCUCAACAUUCUUCCAUUCUGGGGAGUGUAUUUGGUGACUCCUAUUAUGAUCAGCAGAUGACAGCUAGGCAGGCUAAUGCCCUAUCCCAUCAGCUUGAACAGUUUAAUAUGAUAGAAAACGCCAUUAGUUCCAACAGCCUGUACAGCCCCUGCUCCACCCUUAACUACUCCCAGGCAGCCAUGAUGGGACUUACUGGGAGCCAUGGCAACUUGCAGGACUCACAGCAGCUGACCUACUCCAGCCAUGGAAACAUCCCCAACAUCAUCCUCACAGUGACAGGAGAAUCUCCUCCCAGCUUAUCAAAGGAACUGACCAGCUCUUUGGCAGGUGUCGGAGAUGUCAGCUUUGAUUCGGAUUCCCAAUUCCCUCUGGAUGAACUCAAAAUUGACCCUUUAACCCUGGAUGGACUGCACAUGCUUAAUGACCCAGAUAUGGUCCUCACCGAUCCUGCCACAGAGGACACUUUCAGGAUGGACCGGCUGUAGACUGAGGACACCAUGAGCCUGGGAAUAAAAUUAGUUCCUGGAGCCCAUCUGAACUGAACAGUCCAAUGGGUCAGUCAUGUCCGAUUAAAGAGUUACCGAGAGCAGUAGCUCUGUCAUGUACACCAUGUACAAUGAGUAAAGCUUGUUGUUCUAAGCUUGCAGUGCUGCAGACCCCCAUUCCCCGUUGCGCCAUAGUUUAUCCCUUAUCUACUCAUUGUCAUUAAAUGAGUAAGGAGUUUGCAUCAGCCUUCUCCCCUCCAAACCCCCACCAGUGAAGUCCCAGCGUAAGGUUGUCAAUUUAUCCUUUGCACUAGAAGGUGGUGUUUCUGGGUAGGUGAUGAAGGUUCAGAGUCAAGGGUAAAGAGAUUCUCUUUGUAAAAUACCACAUCAUUAGCAUUUGAUCAUUGGCUGUUUCUGUAACUGAUCAACAGCCAUCUCCUUGCGAGACUGAGAGGGGAAACUCUCAGACUACUGACCUCUCACUAACUCUAAAGCAAAAUGCCUGUAUGGCCACCCUCUGGGAAAGGGGGGAGGCUGUUAAUUUUGACUCUCCCAGACUAUUUUGUGACAGUUGCUUUGUAGAGUACAAUGCUUCUCCCUUGAUUGAUAUGCCAUAUUUGUUUUCAGGUUUGUUUCCUUGACUGUUGUCCAGCACCCACUGCCUGUUCGUAUGCCCUGAGCAAACUCGUGUACUUGGCAAAGCAGGAAAGCGGCCUGGCAGCCCAGUGGGCUCUCGGUAGCCGGUUAUCCAAAAAAGCAACUGUAAACACUAUUUCUGGAGCCUUUUUCUUGUUUUAAAUUUCUGAGCACACAAAAAAGUACUAUAAUUCAUUACCUGGUGAGUGUGAAGGAGUGAGUGGAGCAUUUUGAAGCCACUAAAAGUAUAUUGGUGGCUAAGUUGCAGAGAAUUUUAUUUUUAAAUUCUGCUUCUUGUGUGAAAUUCAUAUAGGCAACAGGAAGGGCCGUUGUGUAGUAAUACCCAGCCCAAGUCAUGGUGGCUAUUUUUAUGAUUUUUUUUAUUCUUGUUCGUUGCCUAUUGAAUAUUCUGUUACUGUUAUUUAUGCAUUUUUUUUAUUUAAGUAUUUGGAUAUUAGAAAAGUAGCUAAACUACAUAAGGCCAAUUGAAGCACUCUGCAUAAUACUUAUACAGUACAUCCUUUUGUGAUUUUUUUAUUCCAGAAAUAUUAUAUAUAAUAUUUUUAACUAACUGGAAUUUGAAGCCAGAUGCUGACCAGAAGUAAGCAAACCUAGGGCAAGUCUGUCAAGUGUUUGCUGUUUUAUAUAUUCACAUUAGGGUAACAGGAACAUACAUAUUCUUUGACAGGGUUACUGGCCUACUGGAUGGGGGAAGAAGAUAUAGAUGUGAUGGAUCUUGAUUUCACUAAGGUUUCUUGACAGAUUCCCACAUGAUAUUCUCAUAAGCAAAUUAGUGAAAUGUGGCCUAGGUUAAGUUACUAAAAGAUGGGUGCACAACUAGUUGAAAAACCAUACUCAAAGUGUAGUUAUCAAUAGUCCACUGUCAAACUGGGAGGGUGUAUCUAGUGGGGUCCUGAGGUAGUCAGUCCUGGGUCUGGUACUAUUCAAUAUUUCAUUAAUGGGUUGGAUAAUGGAGUGGUAAGUAUGCUUAUAAAAUUUGUUGGUGUCCCACCAAUCUUGGAGGGAUUACAAGCACUUUGAGGGACAGGAUUAGAAUUCAAAAUGACCUUUACAAAUUAGAGAAUUGGUCUGAAAUCAACAAGAUUAAAUUCAGUAAAGACAAAUGCAAAGUAUUACACUUAGAAAGGAAAAAUCAAUUGCACAACUACAAAAUGGGGAAUCACUGGCUAGGCGGUAGCACUGCUGAAAAGGAUCUGGGGAUUAUAGUGGAUUACAAAUUGAAUGAGUUAACAGUGUGAUGCAGGUGUGAGGGGAAAAAAGCUAAUAUCCUGGGGUUUAUUAACUGGAGUGUCAUAUAUAAGACAUGGGAGGUAAUUGUCAUGCUUUACUUGGCACUGGUGAGGCCUCAGCUGAGUACUAUGUCCAGUUCUGGGUGCCGCACUGUAGGAAGGAUGGUACUAAAUUGGAGAGUCCAAAGGAGAACAGAAAUGACAAGGUUUAGAAAAUCUGACCUAUGGGGAAACGGUAAAAACACUGGGCAUGUUCAUUCUUGAGAAAAAAUGACUCGGGAUCUGAUAGUCUUCACAUAUGUUGAGGGCAGCUAUAAAGAGGAAGGUGAUCAGUUGUUCUCCAUGUCCUCUGCAGGUAGGAUAAGAAAUAAUGGGCUUAAUCUUCAGCAAGGGAGAUUUAGGUUAGAUACUAGGAAAAACUUUCUAGCUAUGAGGGUAGUUAAGCUCUGGAACAGGCUUCCAAGGGGGGUUGUGGAAUCCCCAUCAUUGGAGAUUUUUAAGAACAGUUUGGACAAACACCUGUCAGGGAUGUUCUAGGUUUACUUGGUCCUGUCUCAGCGCAGGGGGCUGGACUUGAUGACUUCUCACGGUCUCGUCCAGCUCUACAUUUCUAUGAAUCUGGGAUAUUUCUUCUGUAACCCUGGAAACAAUCACUUGCUAAUAGUGAAAUGUACUGUGUCCUAGCAUGCCGAGGCUCUUACAUUCAUAGUAGACUACUUCUGUUAGUCACAGCGAAUAUUCUCUGGUACAACACAGCGGAAUGGUGAAUGAUUUAAAAGAACAGACCACCCAUAGAUUCUAAAAUGAUGAUUUCACUUAAAUGUAAUGGCUGAAAUUGACAUAGAAUAAUGAGUCCUAGAUUCCUGACACUAGGUCACUCUUUUACAAAUCUGAGAAAUAGGAUUUGCUGUUCACCAAGAGGCCAGUGCACUUGCGGUACUUGUCGGAGAAGUAUAGCUGUUAAAAUGUUGUGCUCAUUGGACCUAGUCCUCCCAGUAAGAGAACCCACGUACAUGACCCUUCUCAGCAGAAGUUAAAAUUUACAUUAUUUGACCUGUACUAACAAAAAAUAUUUGAUUACAAAUAGUAUAUUGAAUGUGUUAAUGAAGGAAUUACUACAAAAAGAGAGAAUAUUUCCCUGCAGCAGGGGCUGAACAUCCAAAUAUAUUUUUGAUAAAUACAAUUUCAAAUAAAAAAGCCUUCUUAACUUAUAUUUAAAGACAUCAUUUGUUUGUUUGUUUUUCCCCUUUCAGGAAUGGUGUUUAUUCUCCACCUUCUCCAAAUCUUGUUCUCCUAUUUACUGAGUUUGCAUUGCCCUGUUUUGCAUUUGGUCAAAAAAUGCAUGAGUUAGGGUUUGUUUUUUUUCCAGUUAUGAAAUUUUUUAUCUAAAAACAUCCCCCAACCCAAUCACCCCACUCCCCAAAAACCUUUCCCUUCCCUUUUUUUGAGCAAGGAAUGUAAAUGUCCAUGGCAAAAGUGGGCUACUUCUAAUGAGUUAUAGCUAGGUUUCUGUGUGCUUCCAGAAAUCUGUGAGGUGCUGUCCUGAGAUGCACAGAGACACUGCUAAGCAGAAUUAUUGCUGGGAUCUUAUAUAAUGGGGAUGCGUGUUUGCUCACAUAUUUGUGCCAUUAGUUGACCAUUUGCACUAAAAGUGAUGUGGGAUUUUUAUUUUUUCUGUCUCAUAGCUUUUGUGUAAGCUUCUUGCUAAAGGUUGGUUUUCUUUGGUUCCUCUCCACGUAAUUGCAAGGCUAUCCUGCAUCUCCAUUUAUAAUGUUCAUCAACAUUUAAGCCUGAUGUUAUGUGUUACUCACAAAGUCUGCUUAUGUCAGAUUGCUAAUGCUUUGUCAAUUAAAAAAAAAAAAGGUAGCUUUAAACAGGAGGUUACCCUAAAAGAAUGUGAGUAAUUUGGGCACAGAUGAUAUGAAGUUCUUUGCUUCAAAACAGCCAAAGGUACGGUGUGAAUGGAGUACACUUUGUGCAGUUACUUAAUCUCCUUGACAGUACUGUUAGUUCAUUGAUUGGAUCUCUGUCUAUAUCAACCUCUUGUUCAGAUGUCUCUUAUGCAUGUAAAUCCUUGUCUGUGAUGAUCUAUUUUUUUAAAACCAGAGUCACUUAAGAGUGAAGCGUCCAGUUAGGAAUUCACAGACUCCUGACUGGAUAGUUUUACAGGGAGAUAUCGCUAAAUGCUACCUUCUAUUUUUUUUUAAACUACACGUGUAUAUAGGAGAGCUUGUUUUAGACUUGUAAGUAGACAUUUUAAAUGGCCUUAAUUUAAAAAAAAAAUAUAAACCCAUCUAGAUGCAAUUGUCAAAAACAAAAUGUGUGUGUGGGGUCGGGGGGAGGCGGCAAUUAGGGACCAUCUAGUUAGGAGAAAUAUCUUUACUUUGUGUUUCUUUUCUGGAAGGGGUAAGAGGAGAGGACGAGGAGAUCAUGGGAAAAGGGGAUGAUGAAUGUGUAUGAAAGAAUGUGCUUCAUCUCUUUAGCCCCAGUAGGGGGCAGGCUAGCUGCUUUCAUUUUUAACCCUUUGAAAAUCAGAGCGGUUAUUUUAGUGCAGUGUCAGUAACAUUUCAAUAGUUUCUGCACUUUGCUCCCUGAGAGAGUGGCUUGUUGACAGCAGAAUGUGUGCUCUAUUCUAGUAGAAGAAUAUUUUCCCUUUCCCUUUAAAUCUGAUUUUUUUAACAGUUGUGUAUGAGUUUACAUUAUUUUAAACAAUAAAUGUUUAAAGUUUUCGAGUUCAAACACAGGGUGGAUCCCCAAUGCUUUCAGAACGUAAGUAGAUUUCAAUUUCAUUUUUAAGUUAAGUAGUACCGUUUGCAUUUUCUACUCUGCUUAUGAGGGUGGUAGAUGUGGAAAAGCAUUGGCCAUUAGAAUAAAGGAACUGGUGAUACUUGCAGAGAUACUUGUGGGAGGAGGGGAAGAAAGGACAUUGCUUGGGGAAAAAUAAGAUGAAAAAAUUGGAAGUAUUAAAUUAGAUGUAAUUGUUUUUUAAACAGUCUCAUGUCUCAAAGGGUUAAUGUCCAAACAUAUACCUGCUGAUUGAUUUCUGUAGAGCUGCGUUUUUAUAAGAAUUUCCCAAGACAGACUGUUGCAUUUGCCAACACUUUGGGGAAGUAAAAGGAGUAAACUCUCAAUGUAUAAAGUACUGUGAUUUAAAAAGAAAAGUGAAUUUCUGCUUUUUAUUGCAGCUUAUUGGUGGGCGGGACGGGAGAAGCUCUUUUGCAUUGUAUAUAGUACUGACUGUGCAUUCUCUUUAAAAAUGGAUCUGCACAGGCCGAGUUAUGAUAGUUCUGUAUGCUGCAUGCAUGGUUGACCGCAGGCAGCAUCAAACGUUUGUCUCACUACUGCUUCUGCAUGUUAGUGAACACUUUUCCAGCAUUCUUUAACCGUGCAAAAACCCUUUCCUGUACAGAGAGAACCUUUGCUUUAAAAAAAAAAAAAUAAAAAUAA